CUGCCAGCGGGAAUUAGAGCAGAGCCGGGGCCAAAAGGGCAAGUCGGGGGGUUUAGGUCAGAACUCCAGCGGCAGCCUGGCAGCAGGAGCUCGAGAGAAGCAUGGCUCAGAAGCAUGUUUGCGUGCUGGCCGUGGCGGCUGUGCUGCUCCUACUUUUCGCCACCGACUGCAGAUCGAUGGGCCUGAGGAGCCAGGAGCAUCAGAGGGCGUCGUGAAUCCCUUCUCAGUUCAGCAAAGAGGAGCGCGCGAUGAAAGAGACACCGAAAGGUGCCAUCCAGAUUCCAACAGUGUCUUUUGGCCCUGAGGAGUCCAAUACUACAGCCCUGGCUGAGUUUAGAGAAUACAUUUUUAAAGUCUUUCCUACGGUGCUCAGCACCAGCUUUAUCCAGCAUGAAGUCAUGGGAGAGUACAGCCACCUGUUCACUGUCCAAGGCUCAGACCCCAGCUUGCAGCCCUGCCUGCUGCUGGCUCACUUUGAUGUGGUGCCUGCCCCAGCAGAAGGCUGGGAGGUGCCCCUGUUCUCUGGGUUGGAGCGUGAUGGCUUCAUCGACAGUUGGGGCACACUGGAUGACAAGAACUCUGUGAUGGCAUUCCUGCAGGCCUUGGAGCUCCUGCUGAUCAGGAUAAUCCCUCGAAGAUCUUUCUUCAUUUCCCUGGGCCAUGAUGAGGAGUCUUCAGGGGUUGGGGCUCAGAAGAUCUCAGCCCUGCUACAGUCGAGGGGUGUCCAGCUAGCCUUCAUUGUGGAUGAGGGGAGCUUCAUCUUUGAUGGUUUCAUUCCCGACCUCAAGAAUCCCUUCGCCAUGAUUGCAAACUCAGAGAAGGGUUCCAUGAACCUCAUGCUGCUCAACAUGACUCCAGGCCAUUCUUCAGCUCCUCCAAAGGAGAGGAGCAUGGGCAUCCUCGCAGCUGCUGUCAGUCAACUGGAGCAGACACCACUGCCUAACAUGUUGGGAAGCUGGUCAUUGAUGGCGACAUUGGGGCAACUGGCACAUGAGCUUCCCUUCCCUGCCAAUAUAAUCUUGAGCAACCUGUGGCUAUCUAAACCCCUUGUAAGUCGGUAUUUGGAGAGAAAUUACGUAACCAAUGCAAUGGUCAGGACUACCACGGCACUCACCAUGUUCAAUGCAGGGGUCAAGGUAACAUCCCUGUUUCUAUCUAGUAGAUAUACCACCAGCACAACUCCAGGGGGCACCAUUCACCUAGAGUACAUUGUGAUCUUGAAGCGCUCUGGAGUAUGUGAGGAGUAUAUGUUCUUCUCAUCCCCCUCAAGGAUCAAACCUGAUAUGAGCUCCCUGCUACCACAUGAUGAGGGCCAACAGAGGCUCUGGCUGCCCCAUCCUGACCAGGGUUUUAUGGUUCUCUCUCCAGGUGAAUGUCAUCCCCCACCCCCGCAGACCACAAUCAACUUCCGGAUUCACUCUGCACAGACAGUCCAAGGGGUCCUAGAACUCACCAAGAAGAUUGUGGCUGAUGAGAGAGUUCAAUUCCAUGUGUUGAGUGCCUUUGAUCCCCUCCCCAUCAGCCCUUAUGAUGACAAGGCCUUGGGCUACCAGCUGCUCCUCCAGACCACACAGUCUGUCUUCCCGGAAGUCAAUACUAUCACCCCAGGUGUCUGUAUCAGCAACACAGACAGCCGACACUUUACAAACCUCACCACUGGCAUCUACAAGUUCAGCGCCAUCCACCUACAGCCUGAAGCCUUCAGAAGCAUAUAUGGAAUCAACGAGAAAAUCUCAGUCCAAGCCUAUGAGAACCAAGUGAAAUUCUUCUUUGAGUUGAUCCAGAAUGCUGACACAGACAAGGAGCCAGUUUCUCACCAGCACAAACUGUGAGGUCAAAGGGCCCACUGGGAUAGGCAUGCUCGACCCUGGGCCGGGACUAACCCAAGGGGGUAAACCCAGUGUUGAUGAAACUUUUGAUCAAAAUCACAUUGUAAAACAUUGCUCAUCUGUCUUGCUCACUCUUAAACUCACCCAAGAACAAGGCCAGGGGUAAGGUAAAGUCAGCAGAAAUCUGGCUUCUCCCUUUCUCCCGACAUCUGCAUCCCUUGAUCCAGUGGCAUUUGCUGCCCUCUUGUCUAUUACCUGUCUUACGCUGGUUGUUUCACUGCUUCGCCCUCCAGGCUUGACUUAACAAAUGUAGAUUUGAAAAAAUCUGACCAGGUGUUGCCUGAUAGGAGUCUUUAAUUUGGGGCACUCUUGCUAGGAUGCUUUCUCCAGGGCUUAUAUAUUUCUUGCUAGAACUUUCUUUCCCUUUGUAUUCUCCUCUCUUCUUGAAGAGACUUGUGAGCUGUCUCUUCAUCUCUCCUCUCUCCCCUGCAUCUCUCCCCCUGCUCUCCAAUUUAUUCUACUUCUGGAGCUGGGCUUACCUAAACUGUGAUGCUACCAUGAUUGUCACCACAAUUAGUCACAUAAAGUGAUCUAUGCCUCACCA